AGCCUGCUUCUGCCUCAGGUCCUUUGGGGAGGGAUCUAGUUUAGACUAAGGGCGUCUACAAUGGGCAGGGGCAGGUAGUGAGAUAGCAACAGUGAGGGUGUGCACAGGGGAUGCAAACAGCAGACAGACUCCCCCACUGUCCAGGCAGUUGGUAUGCUCCAGAGUCUCAGCAGCUCCUUCUAGCAUCCUUCAUCCUUCAGGUACCAGCCAUCUGGGCAGUGCUUCAGCUGCAGAAACUGAGACCACCCCUCCAAGGAUCUCCAGUCUGAGCGUCUCCAGUGACCUUCUCUGCAUUAACUGUCAGUGCUACAGAUAUUUUUAGCUCCGAGUCCUGGCAGGGUGGGGCACCUAUCUGAGGCAGGGUUUGGUGCCCCCUCCCCACUGACCCUACAUCUCAGGCUGCGGCUGCUGCUGCUGCUGCUGCUGUCACUUCAGGAUGAAAGGGGAGACCCCCGUUAACAGCACUAUGAGUAUUGGCCAAGCACGCAAGAUGGUGGAACAGCUUAAGAUUGAGGCCAGCUUGUGCCGGAUAAAGGUGUCCAAGGCAGCAGCAGACCUGAUGACUUACUGUGAUGCCCACGCUUGUGAGGAUCCCCUCAUCACUCCUGUGCCCACUUCGGAGAACCCCUUCCGGGAGAAGAAGUUCUUCUGUGCGCUCCUCUGAAGAGCGCCGUACCUCCUCUGAACUCAUCUCCCCCUCCCAGACCCGCCCUUAGAUUGGAAAUCAUAGCAGUCCAUUUCUACCCGCACUUAUCCUGAGAUUAUCUGAAGCACAAGGCCCUCCUUACCCACGUCUACCCCAUCUCCUCACCCUUUCAGGCCAACUCCAAGCACUCUAUUUAUAAAGGGACCCCGCUAAACUGCCAAAAUCCUGCCUGUUUCCCUCGGUGAUCCAUCCGUUCAGGCAAUGGAGAGGGGGAUGCCCGGGUGCUCACCUGGAGCUAUGAAAAGGUAAAGGCAUUUGAAGAAUAAAGUCAUUCAGAGCCUCAGAGGA